AUGGUGCCUGAAGAAGACUCCGAGAUGGAUGACUCGCAAUUCGAGACUCUACCACUAGACAACUUGAAGAAGAAGUCAACCAGCAGCGGGCGAUUGAUAAGUCCCCUCGGACUGUUUCGCAGUCUCUACGCUCCAAGGACAAGACCUCGUCGAUCCUUCCCUGCACGCCCGCUCUCCCGAAGAGCGCGAAUCAUCCAAGCCUUGCGGCGGCUAUUCUGCGGCGUGGUGUUCAUCCUCGGCACAUUCAAACUCGCCUCCAUCAUCUGGAACACCCUGGUCUACCUCUUCCCCGACGACCUCGACGCCCGCCUCGACGGCUGGCUCGUCCCCGGCGGCCGGCCCUCGAUCUUCUCGCACUGGACGACGCACGGGGUCGAGCCGGUGCACUGCCACUCGCACAACGACUACUGGCGCGAGGAGCCGCUCUACUCGGCGCUGCGCGCCGGCUGCAUCGGCGUGGAGGCCGACAUCUGGCCGUCCAACCCCGACCUCCUGGUCGGCCACACGCCGUUCACGCUGCACGCCGACGUCACCCUGCGCCGCCUCUACCUCGACCCGCUGCUCGACCUGCUCCAGAAACACAACACGCGCAGCAGCCAGCUCCAGCCCGUCCACGGGUCGUCCCCGCCCGCGGGCGUGUUCGCCACCGACCCCGCGCAGACCCUCGUCCUGCUGAUCGACUUCAAGACCGCCGGCGAGGCGCUGUGGGAGCCCGUGCAGGCGCAGCUGCAGCCCCUGCGCGCCGGCGGGUUUUUGACUUCCUACAACGGCACGGCCGUCGUCGAGCGGCCCGUCACCGUCGUCGCCACCGGCGAUGUCCCCUUCCAUCGCCUCGUCGCCAACACGACCUACCGGGAUAUCUUCUACGAUGCGCCGCUCGACCAGCUGGAGGGGACUCCGCGGGCGUCGGAGAGCAGGGGGUUCGAGGAUUCCCCUCCGGAUUCCCCUCCAGCUUUGUCGGAAAGCGACGACGACGGCUACACCCGCGCGAACAGCUACUACGCCUCCGUGGACUUCCGGCGCACGAUCGGGAGUCUAUCCGGCAAUCGGUUCUCGGAGGCGCAGUUGGCCCGCGUGCGCGCGCAGGUCGCCGCCGCGCAUGCCCGCGGCCUGAAGGUGCGGUACUGGGGCACACCGGGCUGGCCGCGGGGGUUGAGGAAUCAUGUUUGGCAUGUGUUGGUCAGGGAGGGGGUCGAUCUGAUCAAUGUGGAUGAUUUGUAUGAGGCGACGCGGCAGGAUUGGCGGAAGCAUCGGAGCUGGGGGUUGUGA